UCCGCCCAAUUGCGAAGUCAGUUUUGGGUGGUGUCGGGCAAAGGUCGUUGGGCUUUCUGUUGCAACAGGUUGCGAGCAAACGAGAACACAAAGAUGAAUUUCUUUCUGGAAUCGCUUGUCACGUUGUUUUUGUCGCUGUACUACAUUUUGGAAGCACUGGUGCUGUUAGUGGUGCCGGUGCGCAGGAAGAAUGUGAGCGGGGAGAUUGUGCUUGUGAGCGGAGCUGGCAGUGGCAUCGGGCGGCACCUGGCUCUCGAAUUCGCCCGCCUGCACGCCACACUUGUACUCUGGGAUAUCAGUGAGGAAGGCAACAGGGAGACUGCCCGACAGGCCCGAGAGAAAGGAGCCUCCAGGGUGUACACCUACAUUUGUGACUGCAGCAAAAAAACAUCGGUGUAUGAAGUAGCUGACAAGGUGAAAAAAGAGGUUGGAGAUGUCAGCAUCUUGAUAAACAAUGCAGGUAUUGUUACUGGAAAAAAAUUUAUGGAAUCACCAGAUGCCUUGCUGGAGAAGACUAUGGAAGUGAACAGUCUUGCACAUUUUUGGACCUAUAAAGCUUUCCUGCCUGCCAUGAUAGCCAGCAACCACGGCCAUCUGGUUAGCAUUGCCAGCACAGCAGGACUGUUCCCAGUCAAUGGAUUGGCGGAUUAUUGUGCAAGCAAAUUUGCAGCGGUUGGUUUUGCAGAGUCUGUUGCACUAGAAUUGCUAGUUUCAGGGAAAAACGGUGUAAGGACUACGAUGGUUUGCCCAUACUUCAUAAACACUGGAAUGUUUGAUGGCUGUAAAACGAAGUGGCCACACCUCCUUCCUAUUUUGGAUGUGAAUUACGCUGCUAAAAAGAUUACAGAUGCUAUUUUACGGGAUCAAGUACUACUUGUGAUGCCACGAAGCCUAUAUUUUAUAUUUGCUAUUAAGAAUUUGCUUCCUGUGAAACUGGGAAUUCUACUUGGACACUACUUUGGUGUUUUCAAUGUUAUGGAUCACUUCAAAGGUCGAGUUAAAAAGGAUUGACAUGAUCUGCAGAAUCAAUAAAGUGACAUUUGUGAAAGUACAUGCGUUAUAAUAUACAGUAAUUGGUAUAACUCUGUGAUCAGGAUGUCUGUAUCAGAUUGCAAUAUUUGCAUUCCAUGUUUACUUUCUCAAGAUAAGUUCAAGCUUGCGGAAAUGUGAUAGAAAUAUAAAAACAGGUGCAGGAGUAGGCCAUUUGGCCUUUUAGUCUGCACCAUCAUUCAAUAAUGAUCAUAACUGAUUGUGCAAUUUCAGUAUCCCACUCCUACCUUCUUUUCAUACACCUUGAUGCCUUUAUCCACAAGGGCUCUGUCUAACAAUUGGUGCCAACAACCUUCUAUGGUAAGGAAUUCCACAGAUUUCUAACUCUCUCUAAGUGAAGAAAUUCUUCAUGAUCUCAGUUCUGAAUGGUUUACCCCUUAUUCUUAGACUGUGAUCCCUAGUCCUGGAUUUCCCAACAUUGGGAACUUCCUUCCAGCAUCUAGCCUGUCCAGUCCCAUGAGGAUUUUAUAUGUUUCUAUGAGAUCCCCCUCAUUCUUCUAAAUUCCAGUGAGUAUUAUCCUGGUUGAUUUGGUCUUUCUUCAUAUGCCAGUCCUGCCAUUCCAGGAAUCAGUCUUGUAAAUAUUUGCUGAACCCCCUCAAUAAUAAAAAUGUCCUCCUUCAAACUAGGAGACCAAAACUGUACAAUAUACUAGGAUGUGACCUGGUAUAACUUCAGCACCGUCCCUACUCCGAAAGUCAAAUCCCCUCGCUAUGAAGGUCAGCAUGGCAUCAGCUUCCCUCGCUGUCAGCUACAUCUGCAUGCCAACCUUCAGCGACUGUUCCACCAUGACACCUAGGUCUCAUUGUAGCUCACCUUUUCCAAAACUGUUAUCAUUCACAUAAUGAUCUGCCUUCCUGUGUUUGCCAACAAAGUGAAUAACCUCAGAGUUAUCCAAAUUAUAUUACAUUUGCCAAGUAUUUGCCUACUCAACCAGCCUAUUCAAGACAGGCUGCAGCCUCGGAGCAUCCUCCUCAUAAGACACAUUGCUGGCCUAACUUAGUAUCAUAUGCAAAUUUGGGGAUACUGCAUUCAAUUUCUUGGUGCAAAUCAUUAAUGUAUAUUUUGAACAGCUGGGGAUCCAAUACUAAACCCUGCAGUACCCAACUUAUCACUCCUUGCCACUCUGGAAAGGACUCAGUUAUUGCAACUCUGUGCUUCCUAUCUGCCAACAGUUCUCCAUCAUGUCAAUACAUUAUCUCUGACACCAUGAGCUUUAAUUUUGCUUACUCAUUUCUUAUGUGGGAACUUGUCAAAAGCCUUUUGAAAGUCCAGAUACACAAUAUCCACUGAUUCACUUUUGUCCACUCUACUGAUCACAUUCUGAAAAAUUCCAGAUUUGUCAAACAUGGUUUUCCUUUAGUGAAUCCAUGCUGACCUGGACAAAUCCAGUCACUGCUUUCCAAAUGCUCAGUUAUUACAUCUUUAAUAAUUUAAUAAUCUCCAGCAUUUUUCCCAACACUGAACACUACUUCCUUCAUACUUUGGGAUGUAAAGCAUCAGGCCCAGAGAACUUACUGUGUUUUAAUCCUAUUAAUUUCUCUAAUACUAUUUCCUACCUAAUAACGAUUUCCUUCAGUUCUCCUUCAUGCUUGACCCCCUGUCCCUUAGCAUUUAUGGAGGGUUAUUUAUUCAAUUGGUCUGCCAACUCUUUGUUGUCCAUUAUGAAUUCACUGAUUAUAACAGUAAGGGACCUACAUUUGUCUUCACCAGUCUUUUUCUCUUCACGUAUCGAUUUGAAGCUUUUGCAGUCAGUUUUCAUGUUUUCUGCAAGCUUAUUCUAUUUUCACCUUCCAAAUUAAACCCUUUGUCCUCUGUUGAAUUUCAAACUUCUCCCAGUUUGCUGCAUUUUCUGACCAAUUUAUAUACCUUCUCUUGGCUUUAACACUAGCCCUGACUUCCCUUGUUAGCCAUGGAUGAGCCACCUUUCCCUGUUUUACUGUUGCACCAGAUAGGGAUGUACAAUUGUUGAAGUUCAUCCAUAUGUUCUUUAAAUGUCCGCCAUUGCCUAUUCAGCAUCAACCUCCUAAGUAUCUUUGGUCAGCUUAUAUUGGUCAAUGCAUGCGUCAUACCGUCAAAGUUAGCAUUCUUUAAGUUCAUGACCCAAGUCUCAGAUUUAACUUGCCACUCUCCAACUUAAUGAAGAAUUCAACCACAUUAUGGUGACUUCCCCAAAGGAUCGCUCACAAGGUUGCUAAUUAAUCCUCUGACAUUACACAGUACCCAGACGAGAUGACCUGCUCUCUAGUUGGUUCCUUGACAUAGUGGUCGAGAAAGGUAUCUCUCAUACAAUCCAGAAAAUCCUCCUCUGUCACAUUGCUACCAGUUUGGUUAGUCCAAUCAAUAUGCAGAUUGAAGUCACCCCUAAUAACUGUUGUACCCUUCCUGCACACAUCUCUAAUUUCUAGUCUGAUGCCAUCCCCAAAAUCACAACUACUAUUCGGUGGUCUAUACAGAGCACCCAUGAUUUUUUUUUCCCUUUGUGUUCCACAGUUCCACCAUAUAGAUUCCACAUCAUUCGGGCUAAUGUGCUUCCCUACUGUUGUAUUAAUCUCCUCCUUAACCAGCAAAACUUCCCCACAUCCCUUUCCUUUCAAUCUAUCUUUCCUGAAAAUUGAUUACCUCUGGAUACUGAGUUCCCAUCUUUGGUCACCCUGGAGCCAGAUCUCCAUGAUCCCAAUUACAUCAUAUGCUUAUAGGUACAAAAAAUGGGAUGAGAUCCUACAAGCUGAAUUUAAGGAGUUAGGCAGUAAUCUCAGGAUUGCUACCAGUGCUAUGUGCUAGUCAGAGUAGGAAUGGCAGGAUAGCUAAGAUGAAUAUGUGGGAUGGGACAAGAGGGACAUUGGAACCUGAUUCUGGAGGAGGUGGUGCCAGUACAAACUGGAUGGUCUGCAUGAGGCAGGACUGGAACCAGUGUCCUGGGGAGUGUUUGCUAGUGCUGUUGUGUAGGGUUAACAGCAGCAAUAGUUUGCUCCUGCUCCAACUACCUUACUUCAUUGCUGAUCGCUGUCCUCACUGAAGCUUGGUAUUCACCAAAGCCCAAACCUAAACCUCCAGUAGCACUUCAACCACAAAGCAACCCUUCUCAAAAUGACCACUCCACUAUAGCUUACCUCACUUUUAUUUGCUCCUGUGCAUUCACUGGUGAGUCAGCUGACUCCUCCCAGAAUCCUCCUCCGUUGCUUCGCAGCAGUGCCCACUAUUCAUGCUUUUAUUCCAGGCAAUAAAGGGUGUUAUUAUCUAGAGAUAAUAUUGAAGUCAGGAGAAGGUGUGACAUGUUAAUUCUAAUAACCUUCGAAACUUCCUAAAUAAACCUUUCAAUAUUUUUUAAGUAAUGACACGUUGAUAAAAUCAAAUGUAAAAUCUGCAAUUGUAACUGUUUAGAUUGUCAGAUGGUAGACUAGUGUGAAGAUAGUUCACCAUUUUUAACAAUGAAGAUUGCAAGGAUGCAUGUUAAAUUUAGGAGAAUCUUUGCACAUAGCAACAAAGAUGUUCAGAUGGUGAAAAUUUUGUUUAAAAUGAUUAAUGAGCUUGAAAAUUUAAAAGGUUUCAGUGAAAAACUUUUAAAAUUAUGGGCAAGGUCAGCAUUGGUAAAUAUAUUGUGUGACUGCAUUAUUUUUGAUCUAGGGUGAGUUACUGACCAUAUAUUGGCACCACUAUUAUGGCUGCCUAUUUCCAUAUGUGUAAUCUCAUCUGCAUCUGCCUUUGCCUCAGCUGCUCUGCUGGUGAAAUCCUCAUUGGUACCUUGAAACUGCAGGACUUGACUAGAGCAACACAAUCCAGAUUGACCUCCCACAUUCUACCCUUUGAAAUUCUAACAUCAUUUAAAACUCUUUCUAUGUCCUUAUGCUCCCUACAUUCUAUUCAUCUAUUAUCCAUCUGCUUGUUGACAUAGAUGACUUACAGUUAAGCAACACCACAAUUUACAUGUUUUUACAAACCAUAUUUACAAAUUAAGAAUAAGCCAUUUGGUCCCUGGAGCGUGCCCCACCAUUUUAUUAAGGUCGUAGCUGAUCUGAUUGUAGCCCAAUUCUGUUAUAACUUUGAGAAUCCUUUAUAGCUGUUGACUACCCUGUCAAUGAAGAAUCUAACUCUGCCUCAAAAAUAUUCAAUGAUCCUCACUCCUGCUCUCCGAUGAGAGUUUAACAACCCUUGGACGUUAAAAAUUGUACUUCUAUCUUUGUCUUCAAUGGAUGAUCGUUUACUUUAAAUUGUGUCCCCUAUUCUCUGGUCACUUCCACUGGAGAAAAUAUUAUCAGCAUCUACACUGUCAAGUCCCAUCAGAAUAUCUUGAUUCAGGCACAGCUUAUUAAACUUAUGUAAACUGCUUCUAGUAUUGCCCGUCUCUGAGAGACCAUGGUACAUGCAUAGACGAAGAUAUAGUGGAGACACUUAGAGCUUGAUAAAACACAAUUAAUUUAUUAAGUGGUUAAACAAAUAACACUCGCUUUUUAAGAUCUUUUGAUGUCUCAAUCACUGUCUUUCACUACCCUGAUUUCUGUAACUAACCUGAAAUAUUUUUACUUGAGAGUUGGCAGCUGACCAAGAUGAAACUCUGCUCAACAUCUUCGCCAUUUAGGGUACCUUCUUACAAUGCAAAUCUUCUAAGUGCUGCUGAACAAAGGAAUUUCUUCAGACUCUUUAUCCACAAGUUUCUAUGCAAGUGUAUACCUUACUUGGAAUUAUCCGUGCACAUGACCAAUCCUGAAUGUUUUGGCCAAAUGUAUGUCUUACUUGGAAGAGACAGCAAUUAUGGAUUCCCUGCAGUAUUAAGUCUAGGCAGACCUGCAUGACCCAGCAUAAUUCUAUUCAUAUAAUAGCCCAUUGUAAAGCUGCCUAUCAGCUUUUUGAUCCAAGGAUUAAUUUGAGGAUCAUCCCGAUUAGAUUUGCUGCAUCCUUCAGGGCAACUCCAGACAGUGGUGGGCAUUACCUCCGUACAGUGAUGUAUUACUCAGCAAAGCAUAACAUUAUUUAUGUUAUUUGAAAUGCCAUUUAUAUCAUCAUACUUGCCAAAACCAAAGUCACAAAUGUAAACAAAGUUAAAAUCUGUUUUAUUCUGCGGCAAAUACAUUGUUAGAUGUUUUCCACAUCUUGCAAGAUGUGUGUGAUAUCAAUACAAAUAAUAAAUGAACAAUAGUAAAACAUAGAA